GCAGCGAGGCCGUUUUUACCUCAGCGCCUGUCGCCAUUUUGAUCUUGGUCGGACUCCGAGGAGGAGAAAAGAGUCGUGUCGCUGAACGGUACCACCCCAACCGCCACCAUUUUUGCCAUGUCGAGAGACCGUUUCCGUAGCCGUGGAGGCGGCUUCCAUCGGCGCGGGGGCGGCGGAGGCCGAGGCGGCCUCCCGGGGAACCAUGACUUCCGUUCGCCGCCGCCCGGCAUGGCAGGCGGGAUGGGCCAGUCCCGUGGGGGCCACCACCACAUUGGCGGUGGUCUUGGAGGCCCCCCGAAGCCGGAGCCUGCCAAGCCACCCAGCUCGGCCUCCACUCCUCCUUCCUCAGCGGCCUCCGUCUCCGUUUCCUCCAGCCCAGCAGCCUCGUCACCUUCCGUGGGGCCCACCCAGAACCAGGUCGGCCAAGCGCCUCCGGUCUCUUCCUCGGCCCCCACUCCGAACUCGGUUUCUGCUCCUGCUGCCUCUGCCGGGCUCCAGAGCGGCGGCCGAGGUGGGGAUCAGCCGCCGACUCAGCAGCAGGCGGCGCCGCCCAGCCAAAGUCCAGUCCAGGGGGGUCCUAAAAAGGGUCCCGGUCAGACCUCUGGAGGCGGCGGAGGGCAAAGUGCCUUAAAGGGCGGGCCGGGAGGCCCCCUACAAGGAGGAGGCCCCAAGGGCGGAGGGCCCGGACAGCACCGCGGCGGCGGCGAGAGGCGCGGAGGACAAGGCCAGCAUCAGCACCAGCACCAGCACCCUUCUCAGCAACAGCACCAGCACUCGCAGCAGCAGCAGCAACAGCAGGGGGCCGGCGGGGAGAAAAUGUCCGAUGCUGAGGGCUUUAAAGCCAAUUUGUCGCUUCUGAGACGGCCUGGAGAGAAGACCUACACACAGCGCUGUCGUCUCUUUGUUGGGAACUUGCCUGCUGAUAUAACGGAGGAGGAAUUUAAAAGGUUAUUUUCUAAAUAUGGUGAACCUGGUGAAGUCUUUAUCAACAAAGGAAAAGGCUUUGGGUUUAUUAAACUGGAAUCUCGAGCUCUGGCUGAAAUUGCAAAGGCUGAACUUGAUGAUACUCCCAUGAGAGGACGGCAGCUUCGUGUGCGUUUUGCCACCCAUGCUGCUGCUCUUUCUGUGCGUAAUCUUUCCCCAUAUGUAUCCAAUGAAUUGCUGGAGGAAGCAUUUUCUCAGUUUGGCCCAAUCGAAAGAGCCAUUGUGAUUGUAGAUGAUCGUGGCAGAUCAACUGGAAAGGGCAUUGUUGAAUUUGCAUCUAAGCCAGCAGCUCGGAAAGCAUUUGAACGUUGCUCUGAAGGUGUCUUUCUUUUGACAACUACUCCAAGACCUGUUAUUGUGGAGCCCCUUGAACAGUUGGAUGAUGAAGAUGGUCUUCCAGAAAAGCUGGCUCAGAAAAAUCCAAUGUAUCAAAAGGAGAGAGAGACUCCUCCACGGUUUGCACAGCCUGGAAGUUUUGAAUAUGAAUACUCUCAGCGAUGGAAGUCUUUGGAUGAAAUGGAGAAACAACAGAGAGAUCAGGUGGAGAAAAACAUGAAAGAUGCCAAGGACAAACUGGAAAGUGAAAUGGAAGAUGCAUACCAUGAGCAUCAGGCAAAUCUUUUGCGCCAAGAUCUAAUGAGGCGACAAGAAGAACUGAGGCGUAUGGAAGAACUUCACAAUCAAGAGAUGCAAAAACGCAAAGAAAUCCAGCUGAGACAGGAAGAAGAGCGCCGUAGGCGGGAAGAAGAGAUGAUGAUCCGCCAACGUGAGAUGGAAGAACAAAUGAGAAGACAGAGAGAAGAAAGUUACAGUAGAAUGGGUUACAUGGACCCUAGGGAGAGGGACAUGAGAAUGGGAGGUACCAGCACAAUGAACAUGGGAGAUCCUUAUGGUACAGCUGCUCAGAAAUUCCCACCUUUAGGAGGUGGUACUGGCCUUGGCUAUGAAACCAGUCCUGGAGUUGGACAAGCAUCUAUGAGUGGCUCCAUGAUGGGAAGCGAUAUGCGCCCAGAGCGAUUUGGGCAGGGAGGUGCGGGGCCUGUAGGUGGCCAGGGCCCUAGAGGAAUGGGGCCUGGAACUCCAGCAGCUUAUGGGAGAGGGAGAGAAGAAUAUGAAGGCCCAAACAAAAAACCCCGAUUUUAGAUGUGACUUGUAGAUUUUCAUUCCAGUUUGUUUUGUUUGUCUUGUUUAGACACUACUUUUUUUUUAAUUCUUGCAUUUUAGUAAGAAAGCUAUGUUUUUAUGGAUGUUAGAAACUUAAUGACCUAGAAUUUGUAAGUGGUCUGGGCAAGAAAAAUAUAAUUAUGUAAUGCAGUGUUCAAAACCUAGCUUUUUUGAUGUAUAACGUCCCUACCUUGAUGGCAGUGUACGGUGUGCCAUUUGAAUUCCCAAGUGUAAACUUUUUUUACUGUGCUAAAAUAAAUAGAUUAAAUGUAGCAAUGG